GCGCGCGCAUCAUGGCGCGGUACAUCGCGCUACUUCUCCUGUACACAAGCGUCGCGUGCGCAGAAAUAUUGACACCCCCGUACUUUAAUUUAGCGCUUGGAAAGAAGAUCACUGCUUCAGCUACUUGUGGUGACGAGGGAUCUGAAUUGUAUUGUAAAUUAGCCGGUGCAAAUGUCGACCACGACGAAACUGUGAUUCAAGGACAGGUAUGCGACUACUGCGAUGCAACAAAUAAAACCAAGAAACAUCCGCCAGAAUAUGCCGUGGAUGGAAUGGAAACCUGGUGGCAGAGCCCCCCUCUAUCACGUGGAAUGAAAUAUAACGAAGUCAACCUCACCAUCGAUCUGGGCCAGGAAUUUCACGUGGCGUAUGUCUUCGUGCGAAUGGGGAAUUCCCCAAGACCAGGACUUUGGGCAUUAGAGAAAUCUACUGACUACGGAAAGACUUUCAAGCCUUGGCAAUAUUUUUCAGACUCACCGCAGGAUUGUGUAAGAUAUUUUGGCAAGGAAAGUCUACAACCUAUUACAAAAGAUGACUCCGUAAUUUGCAGUACGGAAUACUCAAAAAUUGUUCCACUUGAAGGUGGAGAAAUACCAAUAUCACUGUUGAACUAUCGACCCUCAGCAAACAAAUAUUUCAACUCUUCCGUACUUCAAGAGUGGACACGAGCGACCAACGUCAGAUUGCGAUUAUUGAGGACUAAAAAUUUGCUCGGUCAUCUUAUGUCGGUAGCAAGACAGGACCCCACCGUUACCAGAAGAUAUUUCUACAGUAUUAAAGAUAUCAGUAUUGGAGGGCGCUGCAUGUGCAAUGGUCAUGCUGAUACAUGCGACCCUGCAGACCCACAAAGCGACAGCAGCAUUCUUGUAUGCCGAUGCCAGCACAAUACUUGCGGGCCCCAGUGCGCUGCCUGUUGUCCAGGUUUUGAGCAAAAAAAGUGGAGAAUAUCACAAAGCUGGGACAAAUUCGCUUGUGAACCUUGCAACUGCCACAACCACACAACCGAAUGUGAGUUCGAUGCGAGCAUUGAUGAGCAAUUUUUAUCACUUGACAUAAACGGUCGAUAUGAAGGCGGCGGAGUUUGUAAGAACUGCCAACACAACACAGAAGGAAUAAAUUGUAACAAGUGCAAACCAACAUACUACCGCCCCUAUGAGAAACGCUGGGAGGAGCUUGAUGUAUGCCAACCUUGCAACUGUAACUUGCACUAUUCGACUGGUAACUGUCAAGAAGAAACGGGACAAUGUGAAUGCCGACGAGAGUUCAAUCCACCAAACUGUGAUUCUUGUGCGUACGGAUACUUUGACUAUCCUAAUUGCAAGCCCUGCACGUGUAAUCUUAAUGGAACAGAUGGGCAACAUUGCACACCUACUGACGGAAUGUGCCCCUGCAAAUUCAACUAUGCCGGUGCCUCUUGUGAAAAGUGUGCAGAUGGUUAUUAUUCACCUGAGUGUAAAAACUGUGAAUGUAAUUCAGUUGGUUCGGUGUCACAAGUGUGUGACAAGGAAAGUGGCAACUGUACUUGCAAAAGCAAAUACAACGGCAGAACUUGCAACCAAUGUGAGGCUGGAUACUUCAACUACCCAACGUGCAAACAUUGCAACUGCGACACAAGUGGCACAGAACCUAUUAUUUGUGAUGACAUCACUGGGCAGUGUAUUUGUAAACCAGGCUUCGGAGGUACACGCUGUGAUCAAUGUUUAUCAGGGUAUUACAUGGAGGUUCGAGGUCGUGAUCGUUCCUGCGUCCCUUGCAACUGUUCGCCAACCGGCUCAACCUCAACCAGUUGUUCGGUUGAUGGCAAGUGCAACUGUCUCAGUAAUUUUGGCGGCAAGGAGUGUGAUCAGUGUUCGCCAGGCUACUAUAAGUUUCCUGAUUGUUUACCUUGCAACUGUGACGAAUCAGGCGCAAUUGGCUCAACAUGCGAUGAUAACGGACUAUGCCACUGUAAAUCCAAUUUCGACGGAGACAAGUGCGACAAAUGCAAGGAGCAAUUUUACAACUAUCCUGCCUGCGAAGAGUGUAAUUGCGACCCGAGAGGGGUCGUCGCAUCAUUUGCCGGAUGUGGCUCGGUGCCUGCCGGAGAGCUCUGUCAAUGUAAGGACCGCGUACAGGGCCGAAUUUGUAACGACUGCAGACAACUGUUUUGGAAUUUACAAGAAUACAAUCCUCUUGGAUGUGAAGAAUGUAGCUGCCACGUAUCAGGCACGCUUGGAGGUCUCGGCGCUUGCAACACCCGAAGUGGGCAAUGUACGUGCAAAUUACACGUCAGCGAGAGACAAUGCGAGCAAUGUCAAGACGGUUUCUAUAAAUUAGAAAACCACAAUAUGUUUGGAUGUACAGCGUGUGACUGCGAUAUCGGUGGUUCAAUCGAUAACAACUGCGACAAGAAUACCGGUCAAUGUCGCUGUCAUUCCCGGGUUGAUGGGCGCCGCUGCGACCGUCCGAUACGCGCACACUACUUCCCCACAUUGCAUCAGUUCCAAUAUGAAGCUGAAGAAGGCCUUACCCAAUCUGGGCCCGUUAGGUAUAGAAACUCUGAAGAUGUAUUCCCAGGGUACUCGUGGAAAGGAUAUGUCGUGUUUUCAAUUUUACAGAACGAAGUGAUCAACGUUGUCCUCAUAAGCAAAUCAUCUUUAUACCGCAUGGUAAUAAAGUACGCCAACCCUCUAAAAGAUAUCGUCACUGCCAGCAUUAUUAUAACGCCAGAAAGCGUAGUCGAUACGAAACAAAGUUUCAACGUUUAUUUGAGGCCGACUCAUAAGCCCCAACUUGUUACCGUCUUAGUAGAAAAAGGAAACGCUCCUGCGCCUUUUGUAAUGAACGCAGGCAAUUGGACCGUUACUAUCAAAACUACUAAGGAAAUCAUGAUUGAUUACUUUGUUUUAAUACCAGAAGCAUACUACGAAGCAACGGUUCUUACUAAGCUAGUUGAUACACCAUGUAUAAUUGGUGAAAACAAACUGUGCAGACAUUUCGCCUAUCCUAAUUUACGUGGGCUACCUGCUACAACUGUUUCAGACUUGGUAUCAGAAGUCACAUUGUUCAUCGAUGACCCUGAGCAACUACAAGAGUUUAAUGCUAAGCCUAAUGAGUUACCAAUAAUAAACAACGUCCAAAAUGAACUUCAGUACAACAUGAAGAUUGAUCCAAGUGGGCCAUAUGUUAUUAUUAUAGAAUACGUCACCCCUGUCAACCGAACGGCUGUGACUAUCAGUCAGACUAAUUCUAGCGAGAAUUAUGAAUUGACACCUAGAGGAGUUGUCACCAUAAGAUUCCGAUCAGGUGAUGGAACAGAAGCAAACGCUUUAGCAAAUUUAAACGAUUGCCCUUAUACAACACCCUGUAGACAAGUUGUUGUUGACGAUUUGUCCAAAAUUUACUCCUUCAACGUUCAGGACAGUAACAAUGUCGUGUACUUGGAUGGCGAUACUGGUACUCUCGCUGGCAUCAAAUCCAUAAUAGCGAUUCCAGAGGCAGAGUGGCACCUCGACUAUAUUACCCCGCGGCCAUACUGUCUGCGACAUAAUGGUAACUGUAGUCCAGCCAUCUUCUCCACUGCUGUUGACUCUAAAAAGGUUGAAAUAGAAUCCGGCACAGGAGGAAAUAGAGAUUUCAGACCUCAAAUUCAAGACAACUCUACAAUUGUCGUGUACUUUGCACCCCAAUCAGAGACCGUGAAGAUAGAGUCAAAAGUGCCGUCACCUGGAGAUUACAUGUUUGUAGUACAUUACUAUCAACCGGAUCAUCCAGAAAGUACUAUUAAGAUAAAUAUUACCACUAAUGGGCAACAAUAUGAAGCAUCUAUUCCUGUGGAGCACUGUCCUUCUAACUCUGGUUGUAGAGCCCUAAUCAAACAGUCGAAUGGAAAUACACUGUUUAGUGUUUCAGAUAACUUCACCAUCGAAUUUAAGGGUGGUAAUAGCAAGGAAGUUUGGCUGGAUUACGUUCUUGUCAUUGCAAAACCAGAUUUUGUACACUCAGUCCUUAAAGAAGCUAAUAUGAUUGAUUACACACGAGAGUUCAUCGAGAAAUGUGCCGUAAACCAUUAUUACAUACCUUCUAAUGAAACAGGAUUUUGCCGCGAUGCAAUGUUUUCGAUAACAGCAGAAUACAACAGUGGGGCUUUAAGUUGCUUUUGUGAUUACUUCGGGUCCACGGAACUGGAAUGCAACACCUUCGGAGGCCAAUGUCCGUGCAAGGACAAUGUAAUCGGCAGAACUUGUAGCGCUUGCAGAACCGGCUAUUAUGGGUUCCCCAAUUGCAGGACGUGCCAUUGCCCGUCUACAGCCAUUUGUGACGAGAACGGAGAAUGUAUCUGCCCCAAAAACGUGGAAGGCGAAAAUUGUGAUCGUUGUAAACCCUACACUUUCAACUUUGACGUACAACGCGGUUGCGAUGACUGCAGUUGUAAUCCAUUGGGUGUAAUCGACAAUCAGUUGCAGUGUGAAGCCGAUAGUGGAAACUGCGCAUGUAAAGAAAACGUUAUCGGGCGCAUUUGCGAUCACUGCGUUCCAGGACACUAUGCGUUCCCUGAUUGUCUCCUCUGUACUUGUAAUGAAGAUGGCACUACAGACGAUGUUUGCGAUCAAAACACUGCCCAAUGCUUUUGUAAGAAACAUGUCAAGGGCCAGGACUGCAGUGUCUGCAAGGAAGAAUACUUUAACCUCCAACCUGACAACCCUGAUGGGUGCACAAAGUGUUAUUGUUUUGGAAAAACAACUCGAUGCGCUAGUUCAUAUCUAUCAUGGGCUGAGAUAAAUGGCAUGAGUGAUUGGUAUCUAGUAAAUAUUGAGGCCAAUCGUACGUUGAAUAUUUUCCCUUUGACCAUUGGUCCAAGUAUAUUAAACGAUUCUGUGAUAGGCGCCGAUCUCGCAAGCAACGAAGAUGGUCAGCAAAAAGUUGUCUAUUUUGGCGCACCUAGCUACUAUCUGGGAAAACGUCUGUCAUCAUAUGGGGGAUACCUUACCUAUUCCAUUUUCUACACCACACGUGAGAACGGGCAUGCCAUACCAGCAGCUGACGUCAUCAUAGAAGGACCCAGUGGUUUCAUUGUACACUAUAGUAUAGAACAACCACCAUCAGUGGUAAACUGGGCACAUAGUGUCAGAAUGUCGGAAGAUGAAUUCACUAACUUGGAUGGAUCGUCAAUUACAAGAGACCAGUUCAUGAAUGUUUUAGUCAACGUCACCAAUAUUUAUAUCAGAGCUACGUAUUGGCAUGAAGCUGUUACUACCAGAUUAAUGGGAGUCACUUUAGAUAUUGGAAAAGAGGAAUACGAAGCGCCAGAGAGAAGAGCUUUGUCCGUAGAAGAUUGCCAGUGCCCUAAGGCAUACAGGGGUCUAUCUUGUGAACAAUGCGCUGAAGGGCACUACAGAGUUAGCUCAGGGCCUCAUGCUGGAUUUUGUGUACCUUGUCAAUGCAAUGGACACUCCAAGGAAUGUGAUAUUAACACAGGAAUAUGUUUGGAUUGCACUGACAACACUGAGGGUGAUCACUGUGAACAGUGCAUCUCUGGGUAUCACGGCGAUGCUACAGUCGGCACUCCUAGAGACUGUCUUAUAUGCGCUUGUCCUAUACCAAAUGCCUCUAACAAUUUCGCAUACAGCUGCGAUUUAAGUGAUAACGGAUCACUUAUAUCGUGUAUCUGUAAGCCGGGCUAUGGAGGUGUAAGAUGCGAGUUCUGCGCUGCCGGAUACUAUGGAGUUCCUGAGCAAAUUGGUGACUAUUGUAAACCUUGCAACUGUUCUGGUAACAUAAACACCGAAGAUCCUGGCUCUUGUGACAGUAUCACAGGAAAUUGUCUUAAGUGCGUGAACAAUACUGCUGGAGCUGCUUGUAAUUUAUGUGCUCCCGGUUUCUUCGGUGAUGCCAUCUUCUCCAAAAACUGUACAGCUUGUGUUUGCGAUGAUUACGGGAUGGAAAGAUGCGAUCCGACCACUGGCACUUGCGUAUGUCGCCCCGGAGUCAUUGGUGAUAAGUGCGAUCAGUGCCUUCCUGACCAUUGGGGUCUAAAGAGCGGACAGGGAUGCUCCCCCUGUAAUUGUGGUAUCGCUUCGGAAUCAACACAGUGCGAUGAUGAUACUGGAAAGUGCAGAUGUGCUAAAGGUGUUACUGGAACUCACUGCGACCAAUGCGCGGCCGGCUAUUGGAAUUACACAGAGGAAGGAUGCGAUCGUUGUAACUGUAACACGGGAUAUUCGAUUGGAUUCAUGUGUAAUUCCACAGGGCAGUGCGAAUGUCUGCCUGGUGUAAUUGGAGAAAAAUGUGAUCGUUGUCCAGACAGAUGGGUAUUCAACCCACAAAAAGGCUGUUCAAAAUGUAAUUCAUGUACAGAUGCUCUGCUGUUCACAAUUGAAGAUUUAACCUACUUAUUGAGUAACGAAACUCAUGACUUCCAGGAUAAAGCAGAUUCCUUCUUUACCACACAAAGGCUAAAUUACAUAUCUAAUCAAACCGAGCUUUUAAAGCCAAAAGUCGCCGAACUAAGAAAUGUUGAUUUAAGUGAAGUUACAGCAGCUGCAAAAACUCUAGAAACCAAUGCGAAAAACCUUCUUCGAUCGGCUGAAUUCGCUGCAACGGAUAGUGACAAACAAAUUUUAAGAGCUGCAGAUUUGACUAAUACUGCCGAGAACGUUCUCGCUUCUGUGAGAGAAAACAGCAAAAAGGCUAAGGAUAUUGUAUCCCAUGUAUCAGAGCUAGCAACAGGAUUGGAAUUAAGUCAACAACCGAAAGUAGACAGUGCCUUAGCUGAAGCUAGGCAAAUUAAGAACGACAUUGCUGAAAAAAAUUUCAAACAAAAAGCGGUACAAGCAUCCAAUGCAUUCACAAAUGCAUCGCAGCAAGUAGAACGAAUGAACGUUUUUGUGCAGCCAGUUAACGAGCAAGUUAAGAAAUUCGAAUCCCUUACUAACGGCACUCGUAUGCUAAAAACAAAGUUGCAAGAAAUGUUGGUAUACUCCGAUACAGCAGAACGCAUUGCCUCGGAAGCAGAAAAUCUAAACGCAAAUAACAGGAAGUCAAAGUUUGAGAACAAAGUUUCAUCAGUAACAAAAUUAAAUAGUGCAGCCAUGAAAGAUUUAAUUGAUUCUGCGUUUGAUAUAAGCAACGCAACUUUGUUCACUGGUAGAACAAAAGAGAAAUCAAGAAACAUGAGCCUGGCUUUAGAAGAUAUUCAAAACGUCAACACGAACAUAAGCAACUCCAUAGAAACACUUACACAAUCAUUGCCCGAUUUGACCAAUCUUACGAAUGAAGCAUUUAACCAUGCUAGCAAUUUGCGAUUUAGAGCAGAUAAUUUAAGAAAUUUAGCGGAUAGAGAAAACAAUAACUCACGUACCCAACACGCGUAUAGCGCAGCCUCUGCCUAUUCUUCUAUAGUGCAAGAAAUAUCGGAUGCCAAAGACGCUAGUGAUGACGCCGAAGCUGCUGUUGUAGAUAUUACAGACGUUAAUGGCAGGCUCAAGGGCAUUGUCGAGCCAGCACGUGAACGUUCUCUCACUCUUUUAAAAACAGCAUUAAAAGCUCUAGAAAUUGUGGAGCAAAAAUUGAAACCAAACCUUACAUUUGCUGAAAUAGCGCUUAAAAACGCAUCUUCCACUUUUGGCUCCGCAGAUGAUGUGAAUAAUGCUAUAGAACUGUCCCUUCCACUAUCACCAAAAGUAUCACUAGAAAAUGAAACAAAAAAGGCUGAUACGGUAGCCCAAAUAGUUAAAUCAACUGUGGAUACUAUGUCUAAUCUUUCAAGCGAACUUUCCAAAAGCAAAGAAUGGGCGCAGACUUUACCUAAACUGGCUGAUGAUGCGCAGAAAAUGACAUCCAAUGUUGAAAGUUUGAUAAAAAAUAUUCAAAGUAUGGAUCCAGUGGUCCAGUCUAAGUUAGAGACUGUCCAAAUGAAACAAGAUGAUUUAGAAUAUCGACGAAAAGAAGCUGAUGAUAAACUACAGAAAGUCAGAGAACUGAUUGAACAGGCGCGUACAGUUACAAACCGUAUACAGGUGGGAGUAAGCUUCGAUCGGCAUUCAACUCUUCAACCUCGUUUACCCGACACUAUAGACGAAAUGUCUACAUCAACACAUGUAUCUGCUUACUUCCGCACUAAAGAAAAUAAUGGCUUCAUUUUAUAUCUUGGAAAUCCGAAGGACACUAUGCUGCGAAGAACGAAAUCUGAUGACUUCAUGGUAGUAGGCAUACAAAACGGCUAUCCUUAUCUAGUUAUGGACAUCGGUGAUAGCGCAUCAUCUGGGCGGGAACCAGCUAGGAUCAGCAGUGACAAAUUUGUUGCUGACAAUCGAUGGUACCAGGUUAUUGUUGAUAGAGUGGGUCGUAACGUCAAGCUAUCGAUUCGUGAAAGUCUGGACAACGGAUCGGAAAAAGUAUACGACAAGGAUGCUGUACUACCAGGACAACAUACUAUUUUCAACCUUGACCGGGAUAAAUCAAAACUUUAUGUUGGCGGAGUUCCUUCUGAUGCGAAACUUCAGAGCAUAAACUUCCCAGCGUUCGAAGGUCAGAUUGAAGAACUGAUGAUUGGUGACACUCCUGUUGGAUUAUGGAAUUCUGUUAGCGCUGCUAACCUGAAAGGAGCAAGACAAAGGGAUAAAUUGAUAACAUCUCAGUCUGGUCCUCAAGAAUACCGGUUUAACGGACGUUCUCAUGUUACCAUGCCGGGAAGAGGAUACCUUGGACCGCAGAAAAAUCAAGUGCUACUAUUCUUCAGGACAUAUGCUCCUGACGGCUUAAUAUAUGUAGUAGGCGAAGACAAACAUUUCUUUUCACUGCAAAUGCAAGACGGACACGUGUAUUUACAGGUCUCACUUGGCGAUCCAAACAACAUGGUGAUACUGGGUACUCUAAAAACAUAUAACGACGGCAAAUGGCAUAAACUGGACGCUGGAAGAUAUUCAACUUCGUGUUCCCUUCGAGUAGACAAUGAAAUCCUGAAAAGAGUAGCAUCUUCAGCCGACAAGGAAAUAGUCGCGCUGGAUACGAUGAAUUUCGGUGGAAAUAACAAGGGAAUCAUACAAGUCACAACAAACGGAUUUGAUGGUUGUCUGAGACAAAUUAGUAUCGAUGGUAUAAACAUAGAUUUGAGUGAAAACAUGGAAUCUGUUGGAAUUGCUUACAGUUGCCAGUUUGCAUCGUUAGUGUCUCUAUCCGGCGACAAUAGUUACUUAUGGUACAAAGAUAUAACUACAGAAAACGUUCAGCUGACUCUUAAGUUCAAGACCGCAAGCCCAGAUGGUCUACUCUUCAUUUAUGUUAGCAGAACUCAGACGACAUCCAUGCCAGAUAGCAUCUCAUUAUCACUUAUAAAAGGUAAAUUAGUACUCAUGAGUCAACGUGAAGUGCUAGAUACAGGUCUCAAUACAUACAAUGAUUCUCAAUGGCACGUGGUGGCUGUAACUCAUAACAACAAAGCUUUACGACUCGUAGUUGAUGACUUCGACUACUUUAGUACUGAUUCGCCGCCGGCACCGUUGCAUAUACUGAAUGGUGUUCUCUUCAUCGGAGGAGUAAAGGCAAACUACGUUGUCGGUGGCAAAGUGGGCUCCAAAGCCGCGUUCAAAGGAUGCAUAGCAGACGCCAGUCUUAAUGGACGAGUUCUGAAUCUCUUGGAGCCGUUCAACAACCAUAGUGUUACCUUUGGACGAUGCGGCAAAACUACGACCACUGGAGGCGCCUCACCAGAUCAAACACUAUGGCCAGUACCAACUAGUGAUGAUGUUCUACCAACUCCCAGGAUAAUAUUUGAACAAGAGGGAACUACACUAACAGAAUCCCCGGUCAUUAAUACCGAAAGGCCUAUAACGGAGCUACCGACGCGAGCGCCGCCUGUAACCACUACUGUCCCUACAUCGACAAGAUCUCCGUUCAUACCAACAACCGUAAACAACACAAGAUCGAUGCCGACUACCAGAAGAACUCCUCCACUUCCCGAAACCGGGUGUUCUCUAGCGUACGAUCCACAGUAUACAAUCGGUGAUCCCGAGGAAGGUUACAGAUUUGGUACACAAAACGACAGUCGUAUAGAAUAUGCAAAGUUGCCUGGCCGACAGCUGGACGGUUUCGAUCUUACCAUCACAUUCCGCACCUUCGAUCUACAUGGAGGACUUAUGUUCUACGCAGCAGCCGAGAGAGCGCCGGAUCAAUUCUUAGCUCUUUAUAUGAAAGACGCAAAACUCCACUUCUCGUUCAACUGCGGUGGCGAGACCGGUGAAGUUAUAUCCACUGGUACAUAUAACGACACCGAGUGGCACACAGUGACACUGGUGAGGUACGGCGGCCAUGGGAAGCUCACCGUCGUUAACGAAUGGAACGGUGAAGCCAGCGUCACAUGCAACGCACCAGCCGGCCUAACAGCACCUUUCUACUAUGGCGGCUUGAGAAAUGUGUCCAAUAGCAUCGGCCGUAAUCUUAAGAACUUUUAUCAGCCAUUUAAGGGAUGCCUUAAAGGCCUUAUGAUGAAUGCGCAAUACGUUACCGAUAUUCUUCUCAGGAGUAGUUCCCUCCGUUGCACGGACAACGUGGAAGAUGGUGUUUAUUUCGGCCCUUCGAACACUGGGCAUAGCAAUUAUUUGAAACUCUUAGAAAACUUUAGAGUUGGAUACGAAAUCUCAAUAUCCAUGGAAGUUAAACCUCGCAACUCUACCGGUCUUUUAUUAAGUGUACACGGUAGGAGAGACUACAUGGUUUUAGAGCUUAUGGAAAACGAAGUCGUCGCCAAUGUGGAGAAUGGAAAGGGACCUUUUAGCGCCAGCUAUAAAUUGGGCAACAAAUUUUCACUAUGUGAUGGCAAUUGGCAUAAAAUACACGCGGUGAAAUCACACCACGUGGUCUCAGUUGGUGUUGACGGACACUUCUCUGAUGCUGGCCUCGGCGUAUCAGGGUCGACAGAUACGCGGUCAGCCAUAUAUAUCGGCGGACACGAGCGUCCCAUAAACAGAGUACGCGGAGUACGGUCCAAGCGAGGAUUCACCGGUUGUAUACGAAACAUUACCAUAAAAGACACCCCUGUGCAAAUACCGCUAAGUGCGGCAGGAAGAAAUACUAAUAUAGGAGUGUGCCCUAGCGAUUAAAAUAAAUAUAAUUAAUUUAAUAACAGCUGUCAAGACCUAAAUUAAUGUAAAUACUUUGACCAGAUUCUAUCAAUUAUAGCGAUUCAUUACCAUUCAUGACCUAAAAGAUAUUUCUACGGUGAAGGCCGAUUCAUUGAUUCACCUUUACUAGUAAGUCGUUCUUCUCUCCUAGUUAUUUUCGAGUAUAUAGUCACUAGUGGAAUGGAAAUCAUGUUCCACGUUUCGUACAAACGUACAUUAGUUUCUUUUUAGUAACGAGAUUCUUUAGAACUCAAUCAAAAAGAGUACAAGUACUGUCAAGAAGUGAAGAAGCUAAACGUCAUAUAAAAUAUAUACCACUAAAACCAACUGCUAAUAUACCAGUGUGCUAUAAGUAAUUUAACGGAAAAAAAUACUUCUUCCCUUUUCUUAAAUAUUUCUCCACCUUUCAAUUAAUAGUAUUUACUAAACUUCAGAAUGAAUCGUAUCGCAAGAAUAUUUAUGUACCAGCAGUAAUGAGUAAUAUUUUAUUUAUUUGCAACGUGUGUCGGAGCAAAACUGUAAUAACUGCAGUGAAUGUAGCCUAUUUAAAACUUAUAAUUAUAAAAUUUGAAUAAAUCAGUAUUCAAAACGUA